ACUCGGCGUCGGGGGUUGAGGCUCGAGCUGCUGUGCGCCCAAAAGACGAAUCGGGGCCUGGCGUCCCCUCCUCGCCCCGGGCCGGGCCCUGCCCCACCUUAUUCUUCCCGGUUGAGAUGGGCUCAGCCAAGAGCGCCCCAGUCACUCCGGCGCGGCCUCCGCCGCACAACAAGCUUCUGGCCCGAGUGGCGGACCCCCGUUCACCUAGUGCCGGCAUCCUGCGCACUCCCAUCCAGGUGGAGAGCUCUCCACAGCCAAACCUGCCAGCAGGGGAGCAGCUGGAGGGUCCCAAUCAGGCCCAAGACUCAGAUCCCCGCUCACCUACCCUUGGCAUUGCACGGACACCUAUGAAGACCAGCAGCGGAGAACCCCCAAGCCCACUGGUGAAACAGCUGAGUGAAGUAUUUGAGACCGAAGCCCCCAAAUCGAAUCUGCCCCCAGAGCCUGUUCUGCCCUUAGAGGCAUCUUCUGAAUUGGACUUGCCUCUGGGCACCCAGUUUUCCCUUGAGGACCAGAUGCCACCCUGGAGCCAGACUGAGCUCCCCUCCAAGCAGGUGUUCUCCAAGGAGGAAGCAGGACAACCCUCAGAAACCCCCAUGGCCAGCCAGGGCUCGGACAAGCCCUUGAGAGACCCUGAGACUCCCCAAACUUCAGGUUCUAAGCACAAUAGACGGAAAGCAAAUGGCAAGGUACUAGGGAGAUCUCCCCUCACAAUCCUGCAGGAUGACAACUCCCCUGGAACUCUGACACCACGACAGGGUAAGCGGCCUUCUCCCCUGAGUGACAAUGCUAGGGAGCUAAAGGAAGGGGCCAUUCUGGGAACUGGACGACUUCUGAAAACUGGAGGCCGAGUGUGGGAGCAGGGCCAGGACCAGGACAAGGAAAAUCAGCACUUUCCAAACUUGGUGGAGAACUAGGCCGACUAUGGCCCCAGCACUGGCUUCACCGGGGGCCUAGUGAUGUUGCGCCCCCUCAACCCCAUCUUUCCCUGGGAGACUGGAAAGGCUUGUUGUCUUCAACCCCCCCGCCCCCAAACUCCCAGCUCGGGGACUGAGUGCUUUUUUGGGCUCUCUUUGUGUCUCAUGUGUUUCUUGUAUAUUAAAGAAAGUGGUUUUAAA